AUGAAUCCAUUGUUGAUAACAGAUCAUCAAUCACAUCAGUUUGUGCAACAACAACAACAGCAGUCCCACUAUGCUGCCAACCUUCAUAAUUCAAGGAAAAAUUCCCACUUACAACAACAAGGAGCUCUGUUAACCUGUCAGUCCUCUUCUUCUUCUUUAAAACAACAGCACCAGCUAAUACCAGAUGAUGGUGUCACUAGUUUUAUCGAUUAA